AUGACUGUGGAAGAACGAAUAGGUGAAGAACGAAUAGAGGAAGAACGAACGGGGCUAAGCAUUGCUGAUUUAGUUGAAAUAAGAACAUUUGAAGGAGCUUACUGGAGAACAAGUUUAGCUCAAUUCACCUUCUCUUUAUUUAUCCUUCGAAUAUUCGAACCAGCUUUUUUUGGAACCGGCAUAGUGUUUUUAAUGUUUGGAUGUGCGUUGCUUGGUAUUUCUUUUCUUAGAAGACGGAAUACUUUCGAUACACUUGAUCAUUCUAAGCCAUUUGUUACUAGUGGUGGGUGUGUUGCAAUUACCGGGUUGGUUGCUAUGAUAACUUACGUUACUUUGUUAUCGCUUGUCUGCACCUUGAAAUAA